AUGCCUACCACACUUAGUGUUACCCGACCGGCUACCCGUUCGACCAGCAGCGGGUUCUUUUCUUUACCGUUCGAGUUGAGACUCGACAUUUACGAACGGUACUUGUACCCCUACCAUCAUGGAGACAUCGAUGACGCCACAGUAGUCUCGCCAUGGUCCGGCUGGGAAGCAGUCAGACUCCUUGAAGUCUGCAAGCAAAUCUAUGAGGAAGCAUCGCCGAUCGUGUACCAGAAGAUGGACAUAAGCUGCAACCUUGAGGAAUGGAAGAGAUUCCUCACCAAGAUCGGCCCACGAAACAUCGCAAAGAUCCAGCACCUGACGAUCACCUACACCUGCAGCCCGGAUUACAAAUCCCCAUGCCUUGGCUUGGGUGCAAAGGAGGAGGACCAUUGGUCCUACAUCCUUGGACUUUUCAAGCUCGCCCAGGCCGACUCGAGACUCAAGACGUUGAUAUUGAACAUAUUCCCCUGCCACGGCACUUGGCUGGGAACGAACGAACUCUGUCGCAUCCCGACUACAUUCACUAAUUGCCACGUCUACAACGACCUGCAAUUCCUCAAGAAUCUGUCCUGCUUUAGCGAUGCCCAAGAGAUCAUUCUCAAGAACCGAUUCAACCCUCUCUGGGGUGCAUUCCUACGCAAAAGACCGGGAUUCAUCGCUAAGCGUCACGACGGUGGAAACAUCACGCUCAUCAACCUCAACCGUUUCGAUCGUGUUCUCGAUUUGGACGGAUACAAGCCAUCAGAGCUAUACGAUGGUGUUUACGACGAGGUUAUUAAGGAGGAACCCGAAGAGUCAGAUACGGACUCCGACGCAGACGACGACGAGUGGGAUAUCUAUGCAGAGGUCGACGCUGAGAACGCCGACCCAUUGGAGGACCUAUCGUGGUCUUUCUAA